AGCCAAUUAGAUUAGAGCUCCUCUAUGUAUAGCAGGAAUAGCAAAACACUCUAGUGUCAACAUGCUAGCUACUUUUGUGGAAUUGUGUACAAGACUUUAAAGCACAGCAAACUGGCUAAAUGGAAGAAUGAACAAUCAUGAUUGGUGCAAUAGAAUAAGGAUACCAGAGGACUCUGGUACACGUCUAGUAUAUAUAAUUAGACUGCAAAUUUCCACAUUUCCCUUUAAAUCCAGAGAUGGGACGCUACCUUUGCACCAACCUCUUCAGUGCAGGGACGCUACCAUCGUACUGUAGGCUAAGGUUCCUCAUUGGCUUCCUCAGAGGCCUUCCCCGCUAUGCCAGGCCACCCUUCUGCUCUGACCUCAGUCUCAACCCUACCCAGCUCGACAGCCUCCAGCGCCACAGCUUCACACAAAGAGCUAGACGCAGAAAUGCCAAGAUAAGCGGGCGCUGCAUACUGCGGUCUACCUCCGACCACUUGGCCAGGAAUAGCAUCAGGGAGGUGAGAUACCUCCAGGCCGUUGGGUUCUGCUCAUCCUCCAACCGGAGUGACUUUAAGGCCAGCCCUCCCAUCGGAAUCAUACAGGAGUCUCCGACGGGUUUCCAAUGGAGUGCCCUGGGAGCUCGUCUGGGCCACUCUUUUAAUAGGCUGUCACGACACAUCAAUGUUUAUUUCCAGAAGAAAGACACACAUCCUGUUCCUCUUGCAGAAAACGCCAGUCUUCUGUUAGCCGCUCCACAAUAUGUGAGCAGGUUACGAAAACGUAAUCAAAGUCAGAAGGCGGUCAGAGAUAGGGUAGUUUUUCAGGAAAAGGACACGGCACUGGAACUCAAGCGUGAAGACAAGGACAGGUCCUCUAAAACUCCACCCGAAGAAGAAGCAUCGCCUGCCAAACAUUCUGGGGUGCAACUAUUUCACCCAAGCUCUCUGGCAACGAGAUUCGGAGAGAACUACAUUCAUGUUGCAAAUCACGUCAACACAUUUUUCUCCAGAAUUGGUUCAUCAGAUUUAACGAUUCAGAAUGACUUGGAAAAUGUGCACUCCAAUAUAGUUUCAACCAGGAGGCAAAGAAAGAGUAAUACAACAGCAGAACAGAAGCCUAGAGGGCAAAUAGAUGCUGAGCCAGAUAAAGGCAACACCUCCAGCAACAUAGCAGAAGCCUACCUUCUGUUUGCAAGCCACAUCAACAGAUAUUUUGGUGCCAAAGUGGAAGAUAAUGCUUCUAAAGAUCAAUUCCUUGGAGACAAACCCAGGCAGACAGUAGACAGCAGUCAAAAGGAUCCUUCAGAACUAUCUACCUCUGAAACUCAAAUUAACUCCUCACAAUUGCAUCAGGAAAAACACUCCAAUUCUAAAAGUGAAGGGCUUUUCCACUCCAGCACCAACACAACCCAUUUUGGGGAGAGCUACCUGCAAAUGGCUAACCACGUGAAUGAGUAUUUCAAUGGACCCAAAACCUUAGAAGAAGAUGACGGAGCUGAUGCUUUAAGUUACUUAAGAGCGCUUGAAUCCCAAGUGUACUUAUCCCAGAAACCAAAGGUGGUGUCUUUUGUGGACUGCUUUCUUCAACCCACAAGUGCCAUCCCCAGCCUGCUUGGUGGCUAUCUCAGAGCAUUUCCCUGGGCCCAGAGCAGUCCCUCCACACAGACACCAGCACCACCACAGGCCGUCUUCAAAAGAAAGGCUGGGUUGAGUAGGAACGAGGCUGAGGAGAUGACCUACACAUGGAUCGGUCAUCUAGAGCAGCGCUUGUCUCCGGACGAUCUCAGAACCUGUAUCGAGACCCUCAACCAACACCUGGUCCGCUACCCAUCAUGCAAAGCGGUCGUGUGGCAGCAAAAGACAGCGGUUAAAAUGUUGAAACAGCGACGUGCUCAUAGAGAUCACCAGGAACUUCAGGAUGCCAUCAGAGAAACCUUGGCUCUGAUUGGCUACGUGGACCCAGUCAAAGGCCGUGGAAUAAGGGUGCUCUCCAUUGACGGUGGCGGUACAAGAGGUCUGGUGCCUCUGCAGCUGUUAAAACUGCUGGAGGCGGAGACAGGAAGACCCAUCCACCAGCUCUUUGAUUACAUCUGCGGAGUAAGCACAGGGGCUGUCCUGGCCUUCAUGCUCGGCCUGGCCCGCUUCUCCUUGGAGGAGUGUGAGGACAUGUACAGACGCUUCGGCUCCGACGUGUUCCGGCAGAACCCCCUGGUGGGAACGGUGAAGAUGGGCUGGAGCCACUCCUAUUACAACACAGAGACCUGGGAGAAGAUACUGCGGGAGAGGAUGGGUGAAGAAAUACUAAUCAGGACAUCCCGAGAUGUGCUGAGUCCGAAGGUUUCUGCGGUCAGCGCCGUGGUGAACUGGGGCACCAGUCCCAAGGCCUUUGUUUUCCGUAACUACAACCACAGGCCGGGCUCUCUGAGCCGCUACGCAGGCAGCUCCGUCUACCCGAUGUGGGAGGCAGUGCGGGCCUCGUCGGCGGCCCCCGGCUACUUCGAGGAGUUCACGCUGCAGAGCGACAUCCAUCAGGACGGAGGAAUCAUCCUGAACAACCCGUGUGCGCUGGCUGUGCACGAGAGCCGCCUGCUGUGGCCCAGGCAGCCCUUUCAGUGUGUUCUGUCUCUGGGCACCGGCCGCUACGACACGGUGAAGAGAGGCCCCACCACCACCACCAGCUGGAGGGCCAAAAUCAGCAACCUCAUAUGCAGCGCCACGGACACAGAGGGGGUCCACACGCUGCUGGACGACCUGCUGGCCCCCGACGUCUACUUCCGCUUCAACCCCAUGCUGAGAGCCGAGGUCUCUCUGGAUGAGAGCCGGCCGGGGGUCCUGGACAACCUGCGCAGGGACACCCACGUGUACCUGGACAGAAACCGCCUAAAGCUGGCCAGGCUGUGUCUGGUUCUGGGGGCGGAGCGGUCGGCCGCGAGCCACACCAAGGACUGGGUCUAUGAGCGGGCCUGGGAGGCCAAGCAGAGAUGGGUAUGAGGUGUGGCAGAGGGGGUUGAAUGGAGGAGGUGAAUGCACACAGACACACACACACACACACACACACACUCACACACAGGAAGGAUUGCAUCCUCAAUGUGUCAGAUUAGCAAUGUGUUUUUAAGGAUCUGUUUUAGCAUGCAUAGCAUGCACAGAAAAAGCUUGAUGUGAAUGUAAACGAAUUGAAUGCACCUUUGGUUGAACAAUUCUGUACAGUUAAAUUUUAUGAAAUUGGUAUGCUAAUGGUUGACCUUUCCACGUGGCGCACAAUACCAACGUACACGAUUUAUUCUUGUGAAUCAAAGCACUUGACAUUUUUAAUGUACUGUAUGUCGACAUUGGCACUUCACGAUCUCAAUGAGACAAUAGUAUUUCACUCCAAUGGGUGAAUAAUGUAUACAAUGUAUAACUGGCUUGUGAAAAGUAUUGUAAUAAAAUUUAUUUUGGAAAAUAUUA